AAACCGCGUAACGGGAUAUCCGGGAAGAUUUCGUGACUGGCGUGUGUGGUUGUUACAAUACUGCGUGACUAAUGUGAGUGGUUUUUACACUACGUGGCUAAUGUGAGUGGUUGGUACACUGGCUAUUGUGAGUGGUUGGUACAAUACGACUAUUAUUUUGCGAGAGGACAUUUGAAAUUCGAGUCUAAUUAUUGUCUUUUAGCUGAGACAUCUGGCUAUAAAACCCCGAUGAUGGGCAUGGGAGCUAACAAAAACAUACAAAAUGAUGCAUAGACUCUUAACCAAAACAAGGUCUCUAAACACCACCAGGCAUAUGACAAUUCCGGCAGGUUCUCGCCUUUUCCGGAGUCUUUUUUCAACGACACCGAGCUUUACCCCUGAAAAUCCACCCAUAAGGCGUCAGGAAUUCAGCAACCAUAAUCUUUACAGUAGAUUAUCGUUGGUGCGGUCCACCGGCGAGAAAGUUUCUGAUGUUUUGGACCAGAUUUUGAGAAACAACAACAAUCAAUUGAAAAGGGAGGAUCUUGUUCAAUGCAUUAUGAUGCUACGUAAGUAUGGCCAUUACCAGCUUUGCCUUGAGAUUCUGGAAUGGAUGGAGAAAGGUCAAAUUGGUCAUUCAGCGUUGCAUUUGAAUAUGAUAUGUGAAGUUAAGGGUAUUGAUGAAGCAGAGGAGUUCUUUUUUAGUCUUCCUCCUGAUGAGCAAAACAGAGCUACAUAUGGUGCUCUAUUGCAUGGCUACUGUUUUAAGAAGAUGAUUGAUAAGGCAUUGGCUCUUUUCAAUCAGAUGGAUGAGAUGAAUCUUGUAUCGAGUGAGGUGGCCUAUGCACAUCUUAUUUGUCUUUAUAUGAAAGUGGACCAGCCUGAGAAAGUGCCUCCUCUUAUACAGGAGAUGAAGCAGAGAAAUAUCCCCAUAAGCUGUGUGUGCUACCAACCAUGGAUCCUGAGCUAUGCAUGUCUUAAUGAUCGUGAGGGGAUAGAACGAGUCAUGAAAGAGGUUCAACUACAGAGAUCUAUAAAAGACGAGUGGCUCAUAUAUGUAACUUUUGCUUCAGCAUAUCUCAAGACUGGCCAGUUUGAAAAAGUUGAUAAAACCUUAAUACUGCUUGAAGAAAUUUUAGAUAAUUCAUUUGAUAAUCCUGACAAUGUUGGAUAUCAUAUUCUAAUUAACCUUUAUGCUACUCUUGGUAGAUUAGAGUCUGUCAAUAGGAUAUGGGAAAAGUUAAAGUCAAGAUCUGAUGAUUAUGACAACUUCUGCUACUUAACUAUGCUUCAAGCCCUAACAAAGUUGGGUAAUAUGGAGCUUCUGAAAAAGUGCUUCAUGGAAUGGAACUCCAACUAUAAGAGUUAUGAUGCCAGGUUACUUACUGUUGUAAUUGGUGCUUUCCUGAGGCAUGACUGGUUUGAUGAGGCUAAUCUGAUUCUGAAGGAUGCUGCAGAUGGAGGUGGAGAUAAAGCUUGUGCUGCCCAUGUCACUUUCGUGGAUUACUACCUGGAGAAACGCCAGAUUGACCCUGCUUUGAAGCAUUUGGAAGUGGCGCUGGCUAACCAAUGGGCUUGGCAUUCAUUUGCAGGGAGGCUUAAUAGAUUUUUUGAGUAUUUUAUAGAAGAGAAGGAUGUUGAUGGUGCUGAACAUUAUUGCCAAAUGUUAGAGAGAAGCCAGCCUCUUGUUCCGACGACCUACUUGGGGUUGCUUCAGACCUAUGCAGCUGCUGGGAAAACGGCACCUGAUAUGCGCAAGAGGAUGGAACAAAGUGCUAUAAAUAUUGGAACCGAGCUUGAGGCAUUGCUUGAGAAGGUAUGCCCUAAUUGAGUUAGGUGUUGCAGAUUUACAAGCUGUGGAAUGUCCUGAAACAGCUUCACUGUUUUGGGGGGUUUAAAUAAUGUCAGAGAAUUGUUUCUCUUUCUUUUGAAUCAGACUGUUUGAAUUCUAAUGUGAUGUUAUUCAUGAUUGUGUCAUUGAGCAUUGUUCUCUUUUAA